AUGUCCAACACUGCGACAAAUAUUACUCCAGCAAGCACUAAAGCAAAUACUACUCCGGCAAACACCACACCAGCAAACACUACUCCGGCGAAAACUACUCCAGCAAAAAAUGCAGAUAAAAAGCCCAACGUUACGGAUCAGGGUGAAGAUGGUAUAGGCGAUGAAAUUGUUGACAACCAAAUUAUUCAAGACUUAUACGGCAAAGAGCAUAUCAACCUUGUAUUCAUUGGUCAUAAACGGACGGCUGUUGCUAUAUUAAGGCACGGUAUUCUCAAAUCUGAAAGAAAUGCCGGAAAGUCUACUAUGGGUGGAAAUAUUUUAUAUUUGACAGGAAUGGUUGAUCAAAGAACCAUGGAAAAAUAUGAAAAAGAGGCAAAGGAACAAAAUCGAGAGUCUUGGUAUUUAUCAUGGGCUCUUGAUACUUCAAAGGAAGAGAGAGCAAAGGGAAAAACCGUCGAAUGUGGUCGUGCAUAUUUUGAAACAGAGAAGAGGCGUUAUACAAUUCUAGAUGCCCCUGGACACAAAAACUAUGUACCUAGUAUGAUUGGUGGCGCAUCCCAAGCGGAUGUUGGAAUUAUGGCAUGUGAUUUCAAUGUCAUAUCUGCAAGAAAAGGUGAAUUUGAAACUGGAUUUGAAAGAGGUGGUCAGACACGUGAACACACUGUUCUUGCAAAAACUUCCGGAGUCAACAAGCUAGUGAUAGUCAUCAACAAAAUGGAUGAUUCUACUGUCAAUUGGUCUAAGGAGAGAUAUGAUGAAUGCGUUACUAAGCUUACGCCAUUUUUAAAGUCAAGUGGAUAUAAUCCUACGACAGAUAUUGAAUUCAUGCCAGUGUCUGCAUUCACGGGAGCGAAUCUUAAGGAACGUGUAUCUAAUGAAGAGUGUAGCGGAAGACAGGACGAUGAUUUUCUGCGAUGGAUCCUGCAAAAAAAUGCAGAUAAAAAGCCCAACGUUACGGAUCAGGGUGAAGAUGGUAUAGGCGAUGAAAUUGUUGACAACCAAAUUAUUCAAGACUUAUACGGCAAAGAGCAUAUCAACCUUGUAUUCAUUGGUCAUAAACGGACGGCUGUUGCUAUAUUAAGGCACGGUAUUCUCAAAUCUGAAAGAAAUGCCGGAAAGUCUACUAUGGGUGGAAAUAUUUUAUAUUUGACAGGAAUGGUUGAUCAAAGAACCAUGGAAAAAUAUGAAAAAGAGGCAAAGGAACAAAAUCGAGAGUCUUGGUAUUUAUCAUGGGCUCUUGAUACUUCAAAGGAAGAGAGAGCAAAGGGAAAAACCGUCGAAUGUGGUCGUGCAUAUUUUGAAACAGAGAAGAGGCGUUAUACAAUUCUAGAUGCCCCUGGACACAAAAACUAUGUACCUAGUAUGAUUGGUGGCGCAUCCCAAGCGGAUGUUGGAAUUAUGGCAUGUGAUUUCAAUGUCAUAUCUGCAAGAAAAGGUGAAUUUGAAACUGGAUUUGAAAGAGGUGGUCAGACACGUGAACACACUGUUCUUGCAAAAACUUCCGGAGUCAACAAGCUAGUGAUAGUCAUCAACAAAAUGGAUGAUUCUACUGUCAAUUGGUCUAAGGAGAGAUAUGAUGAAUGCGUUACUAAGCUUACGCCAUUUUUAAAGUCAAGUGGAUAUAAUCCUACGACAGAUAUUGAAUUCAUGCCAGUGUCUGCAUUCACGGGAGCGAAUCUUAAGGAACGUGUAUCUAAUGAAGUGUGCAAGUGGUAUAGUGGGCCAUCAUUGCUAGAGUAUCUGGAUAAUAUGAAAGCUUUGGAUAGAAACUUAAAUGCCCCAUUAAUGAUGCCAAUUACCGAGAAAUAUAAAGAUAUGGGCACAAUUCUCGUUGGUAAGGUGGAAUCAGGCACCGUUAAGAAAGGCCAAUCUGUAUUAGUCAUGCCAAAUAAGCGAACUGUUGAAGUGUCCGCUGUUUAUAAUGAAGUCGAGGAUGAAGUGAUUAUUGGUGCUUGUGGAGACAAUAUCCGACUUCGUGUUCGUGGUAUUGAAGAGGAAGAAAUUUCAACGGGAUUUGUAGUUUGUUCGAUUAAACGACCGGUAAAGACUACAACCAUGUUUGAAGCACAACUUGCUAUCCUGGAACAUAAAAAUAUUAUUUGUGCCGGAUACAGUGCAGUUCUUCAUAUUCAUUCUUGUGUAGAGGAGAUAUCAAUCGCGGCACUUUUACAUCUUAUUGACAAGAAGACUGGAAGAAAGUCAAAGAGGCCUCCGCAAUAUGUUAAAAAAGGUCAAAAAGUUAUUGCAAGGCUCGAAACUCAGGGUCCAAUUUGCGUUGAAAUAUUUGAAGAAUAUCCACAAUUAGGAAGAUUUACACUCCGAGACGAAGGAAAAACAAUUGCCAUCGGUAAAGUUACCAAAGUCAUUGAACACGAAUAA